UCCAGCUGGAGGAGCCUGAUCCUUAAGGUGUGCCGGGGGUGCAUACCCUCCCCUCCCCAACCGCCUGCCUUACGAGCUGCAGUACUUGCUCAAACAGAUGUUUAAGACCAACCCGAAAGACCGGCCGUCCCUACACAGCAUCCUGACCUCUCACCGCGUUUCCAGACUCCUGCGUACGCACCUGCCCUCCCAGGCGCUGGAGACGCAGGAACAGGGGAGGCGUAAGGGUCGAUGGGACAGACGAGAGGGGAAGAAGGUGGCUAAUACUCUGGGAGAGAGGAGUUUAAUAAAAACGUCAACAUGUGAAGUUUCCCGAAGCCCACUGUGAAACCCGGGGGCCGGGUCCUCGAAAGCGGUGGGCCGCUGAGCCAUCGGACACCGUGUGCCAGAUGUUGGCCAACGCCAGCCUCGUCUCCUCCGACAGCACGGCAUCAACCGACCAGGCCUUCGCGGCUUCUACUCACGGAGAAGAGCCAGAGGACGGCAGGCAGAGGAGACAAUGGGACAAGGAUCCUCCUGAGAGGCUUCUGAGUCUGUUGGAGAAGGCCCGGCUCAGCAGAGCCUUCAGCACCUUUUUAAUAAACACCGGAGUUGACGACCCUCUGGUGGGACCCCUCUCCCAAGUGCGGGGGGACGACACUGACGGCGGCGAGCCUGAAGUGGCCGAAGACGAGGAGCGUCUGCGGUCGCGCUCUGAUGACGAGGACACAUAAGCACCCCUGACUUCUUACGUACCCCUUUUUUAAUGUCUGGUACAUUACUUAAAAUAUAAAUUCCCAUCGAAUAUGAACAUCCAAAUAGUGUUUGAUUGAAUGUGUGGAAUCUUCAGGUUUUUUUUGGAAACAACGUCUAAAUGUAUUGUUCUGCUUCUUCUCGCCUCAGAGACUUUGAGGAAGAAUCUCCGUGCGACUGGAUGGAUGACUUUGAGAAAAUGUUGUCGGAACACUGAAGCCUUGUUUGUUUUGUAAACUAAAUCAUUUCACAUCAUGUAUAUGAGACCAGGUCUUGAUCCGAUAAAUGAGGAGCAACUUUUAUAACAUCUUUAUAUCCAAGUUUACACAAAAAAACAGGCGGUAACGCAUUAGUUUAUGUGUAUUGAUCUGCAUGGAUCCGUGUGAACCUGAUCGCACUGCUGCAACAAAACACGGCAGGUUUAGUUGGACAUUGUUGAACUUGUUGUGAAACCUUUUUUUUUUGUAAUAAAAAUGUUUGAUAUGUG